AUUGUAAUCGCAGGCGGGGCACAUUAAUAUCAUGUUUGUAUACUCGUAUUCAUUCAACCAGCAUCAUGUCAACAAUGGUAUUAACUCGCGGGUCGACCCAUGCAACACAGCGACCUUUGUACUGCAAACAAAACGUGAAAUCCAGCCUCGUGUUCGUUGAUGAGCGCCGCGACCUAAAUAAUCGCGGACGAACGGCUAAAAAAAAAUGGCCGCGCACUACAGUAUUGAGUCUACAUCUUCGUCGUUUUCAAGCUCUGUCCUUGCUCCGUGCUUUGGGUGGCAGCGAAUACACAGUAUGAUCUAGAUUUAACAUGAAGUUUCCAGGCAGACACUGGAGUGAACUGGCAUUAACGGCCAUCGUUAUUGGGUUAAUCCUCUUGCCUCUUGUGUUCAUUGUGCACGAAUUGGUCGUGACUGUGGACGAGACACAGCCCCGCGACUCAGGGUACGACAGGGUAGGGGUUAUCCCCGUCUUGCGCCGGCAGGGACACGGGCCGGACUGGCGUAGGGCGCUGCUCAAACAACUCAACUCGGACCUGCUCGAUGAACUCACAGGCAGUCGUCGAGGAUGGCGUCAUGAUCAACAAGACGAUCCUGAGUCCCUCUCCUGCCACGACAUUGACACCAUCGACAAGAAAGAACGUCUGGGGAGGGGCGUGACCAAGGACGUGUACCGUGGGGUGUACCGGGGGCGCUCUGUCGCCUUAAAGAUGGUCACUGAGAAAGUGGAGGACAUCACGGCGUGCCGGCGACGCAACAAGUACAAGAGCACGUCGGAGUGCUACGUCUACGCGCACUACAAACUCAUGAAAGAGAUGGCGCUAGCGAUGCAGCUGGACCACCCGAAUAUUGUGAAGGGUCUGGGUAUAUGCAUCCGGAGCAAUGGCACUACCAUGGGAAGUCAUGGCAUAAUAUCGGUGUACGAGAUUGGAGACAGGAUCGCAGGGAGCAUGUUGAGACGGCUACCGUGGGAUCAACGUCUGGAUAUGAGCAUCGAGAUAGCGGAUCUUCUGUAUUACCUGGAGCAUUCUCCCCUAGGCUCCCUGGCCGUCUGGGACUUCAAGACGCGCCAGUUCACGCUGGUGCAGGGCAGGCUUAAGCUCAUCGAUCUAGAUGAUGUCUCGGCCCAGGAACUGCCGUGCAAGAAGUCCGAGGACUGCAACGUGGAGGUCGACACUCAGGCAGGACGGGCAAACAUAGUUGACAGCAGCUACGGUCUGGUACCCUGCGUCAACUUCACGUGUCAUGGUCUGAACGCCAAGUUUAACGUGAUCAGCGCCACGAGGGGCCUGCUGGGUGAAUCCCUGAUGAGCAGCGCGCCCCCUUUCGUCCGGCACGAGGUCGAAGACAUCUUAAGUUUGGCCGUCGUGGGAAACCUCGGGGCGAACGAACUGAAAUCCCGCCUGCAGCAACUGAUGUUUUUCAAACACAAGGAGACAGCUGGAGUCGUCAAUUCUGUGAAGAAGACCUUACGGACAUAACAAGAGACCAUUUGUCAUUUCAAUGCGCCCGCAAAUCAGCUAUAGAAGCGCCCUCUACAUCUCGAGGAGCGAAGUCAAAAGACAAGACUGAAAUAUUAAUUUACAUAGCACAAAUUGCGCAAAGUUCGGUAUCUGUAUUGUACAUCUUGGAAGCUUUAUUUAUCACGUUGGACAAAAUUUUAUUUCAAAGCAACCUGUCUAUUUUUUUUUGAGUUAUCGUCUCCUCAGAGCGAGUUUUAUUUCUACUCAAUUAAAAGUGACCUAAAUUCGGCUGUGAUUUUUUUCACAAUUAAUAAGUUAUUCCUCAAAUCAUAUGUCGGAUUCUGGAUCCUUAACUGUUCCCGUCAAUUUUCCAAUUUUUGUCCAAUUAUUGGACGAAAUUUCAAUUCAAUGCAAUUUUUCUUGAGUUAUCGUUUCUACGUUGUUAUCGUUUUAUGUUUCGUCCACUGAAUUAAAAGUGCCUCAGUGAAA